UAUGAUAAUGAAAAACAUGGACCAGAAUUUCUUAUAAUACCAUCAUCAAAAAUAACAUUUAUGAAUGAUACAGGAACGAUAUUAACCUGUAGUGUACGUGGACGGCCAACACCGAAAAUAUAUUGGAUUUAUUCAACAACCGAUAUUGAUAAUAAUGUUGGUGGUGGUCUAAUAAAUUCUCAUCAACAAACAAUAAUACCUGUAGAUGGUUUACAACAAAUCCGUCAAGAUACAUUAACAACAUCACAAUUAAUUUAUUUACCAUUUAAAGCUAAUCAAUAUAGACAAGAUUUACAUUCAAUUACAAUUCGGUGUAUUGCUACUAAUCAAUUUGGUUCAAUACAAAGUCAUAAUAUUCAAAUACGUGCAUCCGUACGACAGCCAUACGAUAUACAAGUUUAUGAUGAUUUUGUUAUCAAAGGAAAUAUUGGGAUAUUACGUUGUCAUAUACCGAAUUUUGUUCGUGAAAAUGUUCGUAUUACAAAUUGGUUACGGCAUAGAGAUGAUAAUGAUAAUGACGGUGCUGGUGGUGGUGGUGGUGAUCAGAUAAUUACAUCGGAUCUUCUAAAAGGUGGCCGUUAUAGUAUAAUGCCUAAUGGUGAUCUACAUGUACAUCAUAUUCAAAUUGAUAAUGAUAAUGACCGAUUACGAUCAACAUCAUCAUCAUCAUCGAAAACAGCUAGAUUUCGUUGUCAAACAAAACAUUUGCUCACUGGUGAAAUAAAACAAAGUGCCAAUUAUGGACGACUUAUUAUCACUGAUGCUCAAUCCAGAAUGCCACCAAAAAUUAUUACCGCUACAAUUGAUAAUCAUAGCGGUAAUCAUCAAACUAAUAAUAGAAAACAAAAAGUGAUAGCCAAUUUGGGUGAUAUUAUCGAGCUACCAUGUAUUGUACAAGCAAAUCCUUGGCCAACAUUUACCUGGUAUCGUAUUAACAAUCAUCAACUAAAUUAUCAUAGAAAUUCAAAGUUCAAUGAUCAACAAUCAUCAUCAUCUUUAUUGCCGAUUAUGAUUGGCGCAAAAAAAUUUAUUCAAAUUGAUAGUUCAUUAUUCAUACACGAUGUGUCACUACUGGACAAUGGAUUAUAUGUUUGUAUUGCAAAUAAUUCAUUGGGUCAAGAUCGUAUCGAAACGGAAUUGAUUGUUAAAGCAUCAAUGAAUGUUCAAAUGAUACCGGAAUUUAUCAGAGCAACCGAUGGCGAUAUUAUUCAAUUUAAUUGUACAAUUUCAAUUGGAAAUAAUCAUAAUAAUAAUGAUUAUUUAAUCGAUUAUCAUAUACGAUGGUAUCAUAAUACACGAUUAUUAACAACAAUGAUGAUUCCGUCCACAACUAAAUCAACAUCAAUCAUUCAAGAGAAUAAAGAUUCAAGAAUUCGAUUACUUGAACAUGAUCGUAUACUACAAAUACGUAAUGUUGGUCGUGAUGAUAAAGGAAUGUUUCAAUGUAUUGUUAGCAAUGAAUUUGAAUCGGUUCAGGCUAGUGGUGAAUUAUCGAUGGCUGAUGAUCCACCAUCAUUUGUAUCUGUAUUCAAUAUACCUGAACCAUUAAGGCCGGGAAAAUCAUUAUCUAUGAAAUGUUCAGCAAUCGGUACACCAUUACCACAGAUUAUUUGGACAUUAGAUGGUCAAACUUUAAUCGAUCAUGGACGAAUCAGGGUUGGUGAUUAUGUUAGUGCCGAUAAUAUUGUAAAUAGUUUUGUCAAUAUAACCACUUUACGAACUGAAGAUGGUGGAAUUUAUUCGUGUACAGCAUCGAAUGAUAUUCAUUCGAUUAGUCAUUCAAGUCGAAUCGAUGUUUUUGGUCCAGCAUCAGUUAAACCGAUGAAAAAUUUUACUGCCAUUGCUGGUAAUACUUUACAAUUACAUUGUCCAGCAGCUGGAUAUCCAUUAGAAUCGAUUGAAUGGUAUAGAAAAUCACCAGGUUUAGAUGACAUUCAAUCAUCCAUUAAUCGUUUACCACAAAAUCAUCGACAAAAAUCUUUUCCAAAUGGAACAUUGAUUAUUGAACGUAUUGAACGUGGAUUGGAUGAUGGUGAAUAUCGUUGCAUGGUUACAAGUGAAUCAAAUGUAGCUAGUGCUGAUACUUUUAUACGUGUAUUAGUUGCACCAGUGAUUAAUCCAUUUCAUCCACCACCAAAUCUUCGUGAAGGAAUGCGUGUAAUGCUUACCUGUUCAGUGGUUGAAGGUGAUCCACCAUUAGUGAUACAAUUUCUUAAAGAUGGUAUACCAAUUUCAAUGAAACAACAACAAACAACAAGUGCCUUAGAUAAUAAUCACAUUAAAUUUGAUAGAACUAAUGAUUAUUCUGCAACAUUAUUCAUUGAAUCUGUUAUGAAUGAAGAUUCUGGAAAUUAUAGCUGUAUUGCAUCAAAUUUGGCAGCAAUUGCAACCUAUUCUAUUUUUAUGAAAGUCAAUGUUCCACCUAAAUGGAUAAUCAUACCCAAAGAUACUGAUGCUAUUGAAGGACAAAAUAUUGCUAUUGAUUGUUCGGCAAGUGGUGAUUCUAGAGUUUGCAACCAAAAUAAUUUGAAACAAUCAACAAUGAAUCAUUUUCGUACGGUUGUCAGUAAUUCACAUAUCCAUACAGCCGAAAAUGGAAGUUUAAUUUUUCGUGAUAUUCAAGCUGAAGAUUCAGGUGCUUAUCUUUGUCAAGCAAAUAAUGGUGUUGGUUCUGGUCUAAGUAAGGUAAUCAACUUAAACGUACAUGUUCCUGCAUAUUUUAAAAAUAAAUUUUCAUCACAAACUAUUCGGCAAGGUGAAUCUGUUGAAUUUAGUUGUGAAGCUAAUGGUGAAUCUCCGAUUGAUAUUCAGAUUUCUAAGGAUCAAACAGUUUUGGAAUUUGUACCGAGAAAUGAUGAUUAUGCAAAAGUAGAUUCUGUAGUAAAAAUUCUUCAUUCAGAUAAUCGUUAUCGAAUGGAACGAAAAUUACGUAAUGAUCAUGUAUUUUAUAGUGUUAGAAUUGAACAAGUUGAUCGUCGUGAUUCAUCAUUAUUCACUUGUGUAGCAUCAAAUCCAUAUGGAAAAGAUGAAUAUAAUUUUCAACUUAUAGUUCAAGAACCACCAGAAUCACCGGAAAAUCUUCAUGUUCUUGAACUUGAAAGUAGACGUGCAGUGAUCACUUGGACUCAACCUUAUUCUGGUAAUAGUCCAAUUAUAGCAUAUCAUAUUGAAUAUCGAUUGUGGAUGGAUUCAAUAACACCUUGGUCCGGUGUUCAUUCGAUGUCUAAUACUACAAAAACUGAACAUUUUGAUGAUACUGUUAUCACGUUACAUAAAUCUUUGCCACCUGGAACAGUUUAUCGUAAAACAUUACCAGGAAUCGAAACAUCGGUUGAUAUUAGAUCAUUACAGCCAAUGUCAACAUAUGAAUUUAGAGUUCAGGCUGAAAAUCAAUUAGGUUUAGGUCCAUUUCAACUAACACCAUUGAAAAUAAUGACCAAAGAAGAAGCACCAUCCGGACCACCAUUAAAUAUUCGAGUGUUUCCGAUCAGUGCUCACACAUUACAGAUUUCAUUUCAGCCUCCACGAUUAGAAUAUCAAAAUGGUAAAAUACUUGGUUAUUAUGUUGGUUAUAAAGCAAUCGAUUUGGAUGAACAUUUUAUGUUUAAAAAAAUUGUUGAAGAUAAUCAUUCUGUUCAGAUGAAAGAGAUCAAAAUUAAUGAUCUACGUCGUGCUACUAAAUAUCUGAUCAUUGUACAGGCAUUCAACCGAAUUGGUCCGGGACCUCAAUCCGAAGAAAUUGUUGGUGAAACUCUAAUCAAUGAUCCUCCAAAAGCUCCAAUAUUAACUUCCGUCAAUAUUGGUUAUCAUAGCGUUGAAUUACAAUGGUCGAUUGAAACUAUGGACGAUUCAUUCGAUAAACAUCCGUCGAAAUUAGAUGUACCCGAAAUAACCGGAUAUUAUCUUUAUUCAAAAUCACCUCAAGGCGAUUGGGAAGAAAAUCAUAUUAAUUCAUUGGAAAAUUCUUUUAAAUAUAAUAAUCUACUUUGUGGAAAUCAAUAUCAGUUCUAUGUGAUUGCCUAUAAUAACAUUGGAAAGGGUGAUCCAAGUCAGGCAAUUUCUGUACGCACUAAAGGUUCUGUUCCUAUUGCUCCGAAAAAAACCGAAUCAUUCAUUACUGUAAAUUCAACAGUAGCAUGGAUUCGUCUUGAUCAAUGGCUUGUAAAUGGAUGUGAAAUUAAAUAUUUUCUUAUCAAAUAUCGACCAAAUAAUAAUAAAGAAUGGUUGGCAAUAUCAUCGAAAAUAUCACCGAAUGAACAACGAUUAGUUGAAUUGAUCGAUCUACAUCCGUCAACUUGGUAUAUAUUAAAUAUGGCUGCCAUUACAGAUAUUGGUACAACUGAAGAAACCUAUUCAUUUUCAACAUUAACCAUCAAUGGAGCAACAUUAUCACCAUUGGAUACAAUAUUAAUGCAAACAUCAUCCGAUAUUGGUUAUCCAUCAUCAUCAAAAACAUCAACAACAAUGAUGAUUAAUCCAAUACAAUCGAUGACCAUAUUGGUACCGGCAACUUGUUCUGUGAUAGUUUUAACUGUGAUAAUUUUAGUCGCUUGUUUUGUUAUACGAAUUAAACGACAACAAUAUUUUAAUCCAACAUUAAGAGAUGGCGCACAUGGGCCCGAUGGUCCAAAUUGUAUGACAAAUAAUAAUAUUCCAAUACAAUCAACAAUAUCGAAUCAAGGAAAAGAAUUUAAUCAAAAUAAUAUUGAUUAUAAUCUACCACGUUAUUCACAACCAACAAAUAAUUUUGAUCAUUGUGGAUUAUGUAAUAUAAAUACAGAUGUUUCUUUAUUAAAAACCGAUUAUCCUUCAAAUCAAAAUCGAAAAGAAAAUAUCGAAAUGUUGGAUAAUGGUGGUGUAAUGAAUUCCGAUUCCGAUUAUGUUACAUUAAACAAUCCUAUCCAAAUUAUGCGUACACAACGAACGGCCGAUAUUAAAUCAUCAAAUCUUCGUUCAACACAUCAUCCAAUGUCGAUAAUGAAAUCUACAAUCAAUAAAUCAAAUCAUCAUAGAUUUUCGAUGAAAAAUCAAACCAAUAACAACAAUUCGAAUGUUAAUAAUCCAAAUAAUAAUAAUACUGCCAAUAUAAAACCAAACAUAUCGCCAAUGAUUUGGUUAUUAGUAAGCUGUUGGAAAUUGAAUCUUGUGAUUAAUUGAUUACAAAUUCCGAAGAAAUAUCUAUAGCCGAGCAAAAAUGUUCACUUUCCAAAGAAUUGUUUUAUGAUUCAAAUAUUUU